GGAGCCCUAGACCCGCCGCUAAAUCAAAAUCGCAGAGGAGAAGAAGACUUCGACAAAAAUAAACCUUUCGAUUGCAAAAUCUGUUACUAGACGAGUUUUGGUCGUUGCCUGCUUCGUGAAUAACGGUUUUAUACUUUGACCGUUAAGUAUCUUCCGUUACGCAUCUUCCCUCUGGUGAAUAAAGAUGGCGACUUCGUCACCGUCUCUGAGUAACAAUGGUUUCUCCGCCGCCGUCACGCCUCCCAAAACUCUCCGUGGUCUCAACAAACCCAAGUGUAUCCAAUGCGGCAACGUCGCUCGCUCCAGAUGCCCGUUUCAAUCUUGUAAGGGCUGCUGUUCAAGAGCAGAAAACCCCUGCCCGAUUCACGUUCUCAAAGGAGUUGUUACCUCUGCUGAGAAGACGGCACCAAGUACUCCAUCAUCAGAGCAGAAAGCAUCCGAGGGCACUCCCGGGAGAGUUUCAUCAAUCCGCCAACUUUCCAGCAACUUUGCUCAGUUUAAUAACCUGAAUGCUGUUUCACGCCAGAGAAAGCCUUUGACCAUAAAGGAUGCUCAAGCGUUAAACGAGUGGCGGUUUACAAAGCUAAAAGAGUACAGAAACAGAAACAUUGAGGUGGAGAAUGAUGCUUUUGAUCGGUACAUGAUUAAUGUGAACUUACUCGAAGAAGCCUUUUCAUUGGCAUCUGUUCCUGAAGAAGAGGAAACAGCCGCUUCUGAGCGUAACAAUGAGGAAAGAACUGUUUCGGAGCUUAAACUGAGGCUGAGAUCAAACUCCGCAACAGCAGAGGGCUUCAAGAUGCGGAUCACAGAGACUGUCAAAGCCGGUUUGGUGAAGGUUCAGAAACCGGGUGGUAAAUCAGAUGACCAAGAUUACAUCAAAAGAAGGAUCAAAAGUCGUAGGUUAGAAGAGAAAACCUCAGCUUUGAAUGAAAUAAUCGACAAACUGAACAAAGCAAGAACCGAAGAGGAUCUCAAAUCUUGCGUAGAGAUGCGAUCAAAGCUAUGUGGUAACGUUUCUUCCAGCUCAGCAUCAGACAAGAACAGGAUUUUCCCGCCUUCUGUCCAUAAAGUUGAGAUCAGCGAAGAAGCACUUCAGAAAAUGGGCGAGCAGCUUCAAUCUUUUGACCAAGUUGAAACUUUAUGAAGUCAAGAGUAUACAAUAAGAACGUCCUGUCGAUGAUUCGAUGUCUGAGUGGUUAGAGCCUUCGUUGCCAUACGUAUUAGAGCCUUUAAUUGUAUGUUGCUUCAGAUUUUAAAUUGCUCAUUCGAUUACUAAUAUGUUCCAAAAUCA